AUGGUCGACUGGCGCAGCCCCGACGUUAUCUAUGUUAGCGGCUAUGUCUUCUCCGAGGUGUCCGUCUUUACCCUCGGCCUAUAUUCAUGGGAUUUCAUUAUGACUCUCCACCACGUGGAAUGGCCGCUCGUCACCUGCAAACUCAAGUUCCACUGGGCAUACGUUCGUAGCUCAUUCCAUCAUAUCCCAAGCGACAGCCCACGAUACCCUGCCCCGCCGCAGAUACCCUACAUCCUCGCCCGACACACCACGCUCGCAUUCCUACUUUCCCUCGUCAUCAUAACGUGCAGCGCCUCCGCAGAUGCGUGUCCCGGCGGCCUCAAAGUCCUCGCCAUGCUGGGCAACCUCGCCGUCGCCGGCGCGUCCACCAACCUCUUCAUUCGCACACGGACGUUGUGGCAGCACAAGUACUGGGUGCAGAUCGUCCUCAGCGUCCUCUCCGUCGGCCAGUGGAUCGUCGCGUUCACAGUGUCCAUGUGGAACAUCACCAACGACCUCCCCACCUGCGGACCCGCGAACGCGCACUCGACCGUGGAGGAGAUCUUCAUCUUCUACGUGUACACGGCCUUCUUCGACAUGCUCAUCCUCGCAAUGACCGUCCUCCGGCUCUUCUCCGUCGGUGAGGCGCACGGAUCCCCGCUCUGGGUACGACUCUACCGCCAGGGCAUCUGGUACUUCGUCACUGCGCUCCUCGUGGGCUUAAUCAUCCUGGUGUUCGCCGGCCUCAACCUGAACCCGGUCAUGAACAUCAUCUUCACCGUCCCAGGCAUCGUCAUCAGCGUGAUCGCCUCCUCCCGCGCGGUCAUCUCCCUGACGAAGCUCAAGGAGGCUGGUUGCACAAACGCCGGCACGCACUCGCAGAACGCGACGGCGACGAUCUCCAUCGGGCGCGUGAAUCAGUUCACGACGAACAUCGAGCUCAAUUCCUCGCUGUAUGACCACCCGCCGGACCUCGAGGCGCAGGCCGUCGGCAAGGCCGUCCUCCUCGCCUCACCCGCACCCGUCACGCUCUCCCCGCCCGACACGUGA